AGCCCCUACGGGGUCCGCGCGGGGACAAAAAGGCGCGUGGUGCUGCGAGCAAUGGAGGGGGUCACAGUGGGCCAGGUAUUUGACGCCGAGUGCAUCCUCAACAAACGGCCGAGAAAGGGGAAGUUGGAGUAUCUCAUCAAGUGGAGCGGGUGGUCGUCCAAGCACAACAGUUGGGAGCCGGAGGAGAACAUUUUGGACCCGAGGUUAUUGGCGGCGUUCAACAAGCGGGAACAAGAGCGGGAACUUUUGUUCCAGAAGAAAGGGAAGAGGCCGAGAGGACGUCCACGCAAGACCCCGCUGCCAACGCCGCCCGCCGCCAAAGAAAGCCGCUCGUCGUCGUCUUCUUACUUGGGCCUGUCAUCGUCGUCCGAGGAGGAGGAGGAAGAUGAGGAGGAUGAGGAGCGCGAGCACAAGAAGGUGAAGACCAGCCCGCGGGUCCACCCGGUCCCGCAGAAGAGGCCUCAGAUCCUGCUGGCCAAGCCGGAGCCGCCACGCAAGAAGCGCGGGAGGAAACCGCUUCACCCGGACCUCAGGGCGCUGAGACAGGCCAAGAGCAGACUGCUAGCUCCGCCCCCGAGCCGCCACCAGCUGCUCCGCCUUCCCCGGGACGAGUGUCAGGCGGGGGUGAAGAAGCCGCUGCAGCCGGCCAGCUUCACGUACACGGGACUGAGCAGGACAGGCAGGGACGAGGCCGCCGCCGCCAUCGCCGCCGCCCACAGCGCCGCCUUCUCCCAGGCGUCCAAAGGCUGCGCUUGGAACCUCCCCCUGCCCGCCUCCUCGCCGUCCCCCUCCCACAGCAAAGCCGGCAUCUCGCCACAAAGCAAGACUGAGCUGAGGCGCUCCGUUUCUGAGUCGGGCGGCGGGCGAGGGGACGGCUUCAAGGCGACUCCGCCCCCUUUGAAACUGUCCGGGGGCUUCGGGGGAAGUCCGGCGGCCGCCAAGCGCUCGCCGCUCAGCCCGAGGCGGCAGGAGCGUCACGGCGGUCACACGGCGCCGGGCCAGCACAAAUCGUCUCUUUCCAAGGCGUCGGCGACGCAUCGAGCGUCCGGCCAGGCGCUCAGCCUCCGCGCGCUCAACCUGCAGAGCGUCACUAAGACGCCGCCCGGGGGCCACCAAGGGAACAGCGGCGUGGCCGUGCGCUCCAGCUCGCGUAGCGGCAGCCUGGUGGUGAUCAAUGACUCUCGAGUGUCGGCGGGGGCGCAGCGUCACAUCCUGCCCGCGGGCGGCGGCGAGAAGGGCAGGAAGGACGUGUCGCUGGCGCCCGUCAGGCAGGAGGAGCGCAAAGCCGCCCGCAGUCUGAACGAGCUCAGCACGGGCGACUCGGACGAGAGCAGCAGCAGCGGCGACUCGGAACCGGACGCCGCCUCGUAUCCAAGCAACAGCCGGCCCAGCCUCGGCGACGCCGCCACCGCCUCGGACACGGAAACGGACUGGCGGCCGGCGCGCAGCCUCCUGGAGCACGUGUUCGUCACAGACGUCACCGCCAACUUCCUCACGGUGACCGUGAAGGAGUCGCCCACCAGCGUCGGCUUCUUCAACCCGCGGAACCCCUGAAGGCGACGGCCGCCACGACACCCCCGGACUCUUUCAAACGCCAAAUUUCCAUCUCGGACGGCGUCGAGUUGGAAAAGAGGAAGUGACAGGCCGUCGCCUUGUGGCUCCGCCCCCUCCCCCCAGUGCCUCAGCUCCUCGUCACACCUCACAGCAGACGAGCGAGCUCGCCGUGGACGCUCCGCUCAUCUUUUUGUCCUCCAGACCAAAACUCAAAUGUGACUUUUGAUUUGAUGUCAUUUGUAGUUUUUGUGUUGGACCAAAAGGUCUUCUUAUUUAAUACACGCUUAAUUUAUACUGUAAAUAUCUUUCUAUUCAUGUCCUUUUAAUAAAUCAUAACCGCAGGAAGAUG